CAAAGCCUUCAGGCCAGCAGUGCCGACUCGCCUAUGCACGCCCCUCUAUAUUUUCCUCUCUAGCGCAGCCGUGCUAUAAAAGCGAGAGUUCACCGUGCAGAAAUCAUUCUGUUCACUCAGUUCACCCAACACAUCAACAUGUUCAAGCUCGUCGCUUUCUCCGCCCUCCUGGCCGUCGCCAGCGCCGGAAACCUCCUGGCCCCCGCUGCCUAUGCCAGCCCCCUGGCUUAUGGAGCUUACGCCGCCCCCGCCUACGCCGCCCACGCUGCGUACGCCCCUGCCUACGCCCCCGCUGCCUACGCCGCCCCCGCCGUCGUUAAGACCGUCGCCCCCGUCGCCACCUCUUACGCCAACACCUACAAGGUCGCCGUCAAGAGCCCCGUCGUCGCCGCCGCCCCCGUCGCCUACGCCGCCCACGCUCCCGUCGUCGCUGCCCCCGCUUAUGCUUCUUAUGCCGCCCCCGCCUACACCUCUUACGCCGCUCCCGCCGUCGUGAAGACCGUGGCUGCUGCCCCUGCCUACACCUCGUACGCCGCCCCCGCCAUCGCUUCCUACGCCGCCCCCGCUGUCGUUAAGACCGUGGCUGCUGCCCCCGCCUACACCUCGUACGCCGCUCCCGCCAUCGCUUCCUACGCCGCCCCCGCCUACACCUCCUACGCCGCUCCCGCCGUCGUUAAGACCGUGGCUGCUGCCCCCGCUUACACCUCGUACGCCGCCCCCGCCUACGCUUCCUACGCCGCCCCCGCCUACGGCGCUGCCCUCCUCCACUAAGAGUGAUCUUAUUGAACAUAGACUGAGUGAUGUUACAUCUAAUUUAUUAAUUUCGCACCAACUCCAUCAACCAACAAUAGAUAUAUUUUUUGUAUACAUCGUGUGAAUAAAUGCCAUGACCACCAAGUCAAUUAUCUGACAGAAA